GCACAACAAUAAAUAAUAAUAAUAGACAUAAUUACGAUAAUAAAAACAGCAUUUCUAAUAAUAAUAAUAAUAAAACAAAAAAAAGUCUAUCUUAUUUACUAUGGAAGUCUUAAGAGGCCAUGUAUUAUAAUAUUCUUUCUUUGUUUUCUUGUGAUCUCAACAUAAUCACUACUUCAUUUUAUGUUAUCUAGACAUUGUUUCUUCGCGAUCAGUAUUAAAUUUUUCUUUAUAUUCGGCAUAAGAUCAUGUUCUAAAGCAGCACCAUUGAUUUCAACCAUAACCAUCUGUGUGCAGCGGCUCGUCCAUCUUGUCCAUAAUCUCCACUUUCCUCAUAAUCACUCAUUCAUUUUUCUGUGUAUUCGGCAUUAGAGCAUGUUCUAGACGCAGCAUCAUCGCAGAAUCAUCGAUAAUAACCGAUCACGAGAAAACAAGAAAGAAAAAUAUAUUACAAUGCACGGCCUCUUUGGACUUCCGUAUAUUCAAUAAAGAGAUGCUUAUAAAAUCCACCAGUGCCUUAUUGCACUGCAAUAUUGAAUUAUUUUCAUUUAAUGCGUAGAAAAUAAACAUUUUAUACAUAUAAAAAAAGGUAAUGCAUAUCAAAUUGAUCAAUGGAUUUGUUAUGCAUUAUAUUAUUAUUUUAUCAUGUUGCCUGUGUGUUUCAUCCGUUCACCUUUCCUUACAAUGAUUCAACGAUUUGUAUCGGCUCUUGAGUUGUGCGCAUGCGCGCCGGAAGUCGCGGCGGAAGAGGACGGGAGUAACGCUGUCAACAACAAAUCGCCGUACCUGCUCUGUUGACAUGACAAAGGGUAAUCCUCACAGGGAAUCUGAAUAAGAUGGAGACAACGGACUCACCUAUCACCUCUUUAACCCCAAGUGAUCAAAAUGUUCUGUCUGAAAAUGAUAUAGACAGUAUUUCAGAGCUGGAAGACCUCCUGCCCCCCUCUAAAAUGGAAAGCAGUAACGAGUCAAAAGCGAUAGACACGUCCUCAGACAAUUUAAACCCAAAAGAUGUUCAUGUGGAGAGUCAACAAGAUGACGCUGUUGUGUUUGAUGGCUCAGAAAAGCUUGUUAACGCUUCAAAGGACAAUGGCCCUGAAGACACAGGCGAAAUUGUAGUGACCAUGUUGGGUCGAGGAAAGCUGGAUGAGCAGGGUGUGUGCGCAAACAGAAUUCCGUCGCCUCUCUCUGAAACUUCUCUAGAGGCUUCCUCUCACUGGGACGAGGAUGUGACUGCAGAGAGCUGGAGACAGCACCGGAAGCAUGUUUUUGUUUUGAGUGAGGCUGGGAAGCCCAUCUACUCCCGCUACGGCAGCGAGGAAGCUCUUUCCUCCACCAUGGGCGUCAUGAUGGCUCUGGUGUCUUUCAUUCAGAGCGGGGACAACGUUAUUCGUUCUGUCUACUCAGAUGAACAUACAGUGGUUUUCAUGCAGCAGGGGCCUCUGGUGCUUGUCUCUGUCUCCAGCACCCAUCAGUCUGAGCAGCAGCUACGCAACGAACUAAUUUAUGUCUAUAACCAGAUUGUGUGCAUGCUCACUCAAGCCAGCAUCACCCGCAUCUUUGAGCACAAGAAGAACUAUGACUUGCGCCGCUUGCUAACUGGCUCAGAGAAGAUCCUAGAUGGUUUACUAAACCUGGUUGACUUUGACCCUAGCUUCUUUCUUUCAGCUGUGCACUGUCUACCUGUUGCCUCUUCAUUCAGAGACUCUCUUAGCCAGAUACUUCAGAAAGCUAUCACUCCCAACCUAGUCUUCUCCAUCCUCGUUGCCAAGAACCAGCUGCUCACCAUUGCACAGGAGAAGAUGGUUAUUGAGGAUGCCAAACUGGACCCUGCUGACCUUCACCUGCUGAUCAAUCUAAUUGGUGCCUCCUCUGCAUUCCAGGCCGGUGAGAUCUGGACCCCAAUCUGCCUCCCUAGCUUUAACCCUGACUGUUAUUUUUAUGCCUACAUAUCCUACUUGGACCCACCUGAGUGCACCGUCUGCCUGCUGCUGCUCUCCACGGACAAUGAAGCAUUUUAUGCAGUGGCAGAGUGUAAAAGGAAGAUUGAGGAAGCAAUGCUGGCCCAAAAUGCUCUUACCUACAUUGCCAAAGCUCAGUCUUACAGUGUUAGUCAGGUGGGAGUGUCUGAUCUCCGGCACUUUAUGUACAAGCCAUUUGAUGUUCCGGACAACCACCAUCAGCUAACACAGUUCACCAGCCCAGAGAUGGAAGCUCCUUAUGACAGUGAUGAGGAGAAGAUGAGGCUGCUGGACCUUUACAGAGAUAUGCAUGGCCGCAUACACAACACUUCACGCCCUCUUAAGCUCAUCUACCAUGUGGCAGCGCGAGAGACCCUGCUGGCCUGGGUUACCUCCAAAUUUGAGCUAUAUACUUGCUUUAGCCCUCUUGUAACGAAGUCCUGUGCUAUUAACGCUAUUACAAAACUGCUGCGAUGGGUGAAGAAGGAGGAGGACCGACUCUUCAUACGAUAUCCACCAAAAUACUCAACCACAUCCAAUGCAAGCAAAAGCUAAGAGUGGUGCAUUGUUGAACUUUGUGUUAGAACCAACACUCAGCACUCGGAAGGUUAUUUGUCAUGCAGAGCACUAAUAUCCAUUACCCCAGCAGCAAUGGAAUCUUUAUUUUUGACAUUAAUAAUAAUGAUUUAAAAAUACUACAGCUUAGCAUGUCUUUGGAUGAUGGAAGAUUUCUUGAUUUUGUAAAAAAAAAAAAAAAAAAAAUCAAAUAAAUCAGACAUAAGGCUCCAUCCAUAAGGUUAUCAUAGAAUUGAAUUUCAUUUUAAUAAUUUGUGUUUAUAAUAAGUUGGUUUUACUCUAAAACAUUCUAAAAAAAAAUUAGCUGUUUGGCAGUUGGAUUGUUUAAGGAAAAAUACACCAAGACUAAGCUUGUGUAAUAUCAGUGAGUAACAAUAUUAUUCUAUAUAUCUCCACAUGAUUCUUUUUUUCUUUGCCACAAUAUCUAAAUUGUUUAUUGUAGAUAUUAUGUAUAUUUUGACACUGACCAUUGUUAAGAAUUUUAUGUAGAAAUAAUAAUAAUAAUAAAAAAGAUUAAAUUGUCCUUAAAGAUUUAUACAAAAAACUUUACAAAUAAUGUUAACUGUAAUGAUAAUCAGAAUGAUAACAUGUAUGGUUUUAUUUAUUUCAUUUCGACUGGUGUUCAACAUUCAGCUGCAUUUUCAGUGAAAUGCCCAUUUGGUCAUUAAACUACUGAUUUAUUUUUUCUCUUCUUUAAAAAAAAAAAAAAAAAAAUCCAGCUGCAUUUUUGUGACUUCAAGCUGGUAAUGUAAUAUUAUUUUGCCUCUCCCCACUGUUUUUAGGCUUAAAAUGUUUUUCAAAUGUUUUAGACUAUUGGCUCUGAAAAAAAUAUUGUGUUUAUAAUGAUUCUGCAUGUGGGUGGUUGUUUUUCAAUCAGAUUUCCAAUUCUUGAUAAACAAAACAAAAUCACACUUCUAUAGUUGGUGGUGUAGCGUAUGCAUAUAGGUAAAAGGCAUUAGUAAAAAUGUACACAGUUACUUCAGAGCAGCAUGUUUCUUUUUUUUUUUUUUUCCAAUUGCAAUUAAAAUCGGUAAGAAAUCAGCGUUUAGAUAAAAAAAAAUUUUACUUUUAUACUUAUUUUUAGACAGGAAUUAAAAAUCAUAAGAUUGGUUAGUAAAUACUAUGACAUUAAGGUUAAAACCAUUACUAGGUUUCAAGAAAAAUAUUUUGGCCAUAAAUAAUUUACAGCCCAAGUGCAAUUAACAUAACCAGCUAGUUUCUGACCUUGAAAGAGCAGUAAACAAAACCAGUAAAGCGACAUGAUUUUAAUCUUACAAUCUACUUGGUUUUUCAAGCAUUUCACAUCUGGUGCUUUUCCACUAUCAAAUUACAACCCCAAUUCCAAAAAAAGGAUGAUGUGUAAAAUGUAAGUUUGAUGAUUUAAUAGAAAAACAACAUGCUGAGGAAAUGUACUAUUGAUGAAAAAAUCAAAAUAAAUAAGGUACUUUUGAAUGUGCUGGCUUCAACACAUCUCAAAGUUGGUACAGGUCCAGUUUACUAUUGUGUAGGAUCCCCAUAUACACCUGGGAACUGAGAAGACCAGUUACUGGAGUUUUGGGAAAGGGAAAGUUGUCCAAUUUGUUUUAUACAAGAUUUUAGCUACUCAACAGUCCUGUCUCUUCUUUGUCACAAUUUACAUCAUGAUGUGGCAAAUGUUUUAAAUUGGUAAAAAGAAGUUGGAUAGUCCCUAUCCUCUUUAGUCAUCAUUUCCAUCACAUAAGCAUACCUGUAUUAGGCUUCUAAUAUAGAUUUUUCCCCUUGGCCCUUGCAGACAGAUUUAUUCAGAUUCACUGAUUCUUUUGAUCAUAUUAUGUACUCUAGAUCAUGAAAUAUUCAAAGUUUUUGCUUUUUUUUUUUAAGGAAGAUUAUCCUGAAAUUGUUCCACAAAUUGUUGAUGCAGUUUUUCACAGAUUGGUGAAUCUCUGCCCAUCUUUACUUCUGAGAGACUCAACCUCAGCUUUUAAGAUGCUGUUUUUAUGCCCAGUCAUGGUACUUACAUAUUUAGUUCAAAAUGUUUCUCCAGCUCUUUUAUUUGUUUUUCUAUGAUUUAUUCUAAAUCAAAUUUCUGUUAUGUGCAUUGUUUUUCUUUACAUUUUACACAGCAUCCCAACUUUUUUUUAGAAUUAGCAGUAUGUAUAUAAAUGGAUUUACAAAUCUGAUUAUUUUUACUUGUUAAAUGACUCAUUGAUCAAAUGUAUUUUCAUAAAUUCUUUGGUAAGUUACAGUAUGUUGUACAGGAUCUAAUCAUAUAUAUGGGUUUUCAGUGGUUUUGUUUUAGUACAAUAUCUUAAAUUAACUUAUAUUUUGCUGGUGUGUAUUGCUCGUUGAAAACGAAUCAUUUGACUUUCCAUUGUGAACUCUCAUUACUGACAUGUAAAUUUAAUGUUUGUAUUUUCUUUUGGAAACAUGGUCUGUUCUCGAGAAAAUCAGAAGAAAAUGGUGCUUAAGUAAACACUCAAAUUCGAUGAUAUUUAUGGGUUUUAUUUUCCAUUGCUUGGUCAUGGGGCUUGCAAAAAAAAAAAAAAAAAACAACAAAGUGAUUUGACUGUUAAAAAUAAAGGAAUAACAUUUGUUCUGGAACUUUUUACACUUGAAAAAAUUCUCGUUUGAAAUUUGUAACAAAGUAUGUGCCCAAAACUGCAUAGUAAAAACACAUUGUACAACAUGAACAAUAAUCAUGAAGACUGUUGUUCUCUUGAAUAAUACCAGACACAAAAUAUCAAACAACAGUGUUUUUAUUUUUUCCUUCACAAAAUACUUUCAGGCAUGUUUGGCACAUUGAGUUGUAUUUACUUUGUUUACAUGAUAUAUAGACCUACUUACUGUUUUGACUUGUAUAGGCUGAAUAUUGUAAUGCUCUGCAGAGCAGUGCUCUAAAUGCAAUAUUCUUAAUUAUUAUUAAAGAAUUUUGUAAACACAAAAUGAAAGGAAAUGUAAAAAUCUUUCACAGUACUUUCUUUACAUUUUAGAUUUUUAAAAACAUGAAUAUCUUCUACAUACAUGCUUCAAUAUAAACAAUAGCAGGAUCUGUCCCAAAUUAUAUUUAAUCCAUGCACUAAAUAAAUAAAAAUACAUUGUAUAUAAAUAAAACAUACAUACAUGAAGAUUCUCUCAAAUAAUAAAGCCAUGACAACAAAUCUGUGAAUGCAAAUCCAAUCCAAAGCUUAAAAGUUAAUAUUAUCUUAAACAUUCUAGUAGGUAAAAUGUGACAUGUGAAAGCAUAUUCACACUGGUAAAGACCAAUGUGUAAAAAAGAAAAGAAAAA